UAUAAAUCCGGAGGAACAUUGCAAAGGACUUCGAUUUUGAUUUUUUUUGUUCUCUCCAACGGUUCUGUUCCCUUUUUUUUUUUUCGUUGAAAGCGUUUUUUUCUCUCCCUCUCCUUUCGUUCAUCGUAUCAAGGGAAGACAGGAAUCAAGGGUACGAAUUGAAGGUCGAAGAUGUUAGAACAGCUACUGAUCUUUACCAGAGGAGGAUUGAUCCUUUGGACAUGCAAAGAGAUCGGUAAUGCACUGAAAGGAUCACCCAUCGACACUUUGAUCCGAUCCUGUCUCCUGGAGGAGCGAUCUGGUGCCGUUUCUUUCAAUUACGAUGCCCCGGGAGCUGCCUACACUCUGAAAUGGACGUUCCACAAUGAGCUUGGGCUCGUUUUCGUUGCUGUCUAUCAGAAGAUUCUCCACCUGCUUUAUGUGGAUGAAUUACUUUCCAUGGUGAAGCAAAGCUUCUCCGAAAUUUAUGAUCCGAAAAGGACAGCGUACGAUGAUUUCGACGAGACGUUUAGACAGCUUAGGAAGGAGGCAGAAGCUCGGGCUGAGGAGCUGAGGAAGACGAAACAGGUGGUAAAGCCUACGGGCAAUGGGAAGAAUCAAGGGCAGAUCCCAAAAGCUGGACUUGUUGAAGGAGGGAGCCGAAAAACGAGUGGAGGUGGUUCAAAAAAAGAUGAUGGGGAUGAUGAUAAAGCCAAGAAUGAUAACUUGGCAAAUGGUCACUCCAAUGGUGUUCAUACCGUGGAGGAUUCUAGGAAAAAAGACUCUACUAACGGAAAAGAAAACACGAGCUCCAACAUCGGGGCGUUUGAUGUAAGUAAGCUACAGAAAAUAAGAAGCAAAGGUGGAAAGAAAACUGAUACAGUCGCUAAUAAGGGUCCCAAGACAGGCGUGGACACCAAAAAAAAGGCUACAAAGAAGAAUAGGGUAUGGGAUGAUUCGGCUCCACAAGAGAAAUUGGAUUUUACAGAUCCUGUAAAUGAGAAUGGGCAUGAUCAUGUAGACAUAGUUGCAGCAGACCAAGGAGAAAGUAUGAUGGAUAAGGAAGAGAUUGUUAGCAGUGAUAGCGAGGUUGAGGAUGACGAUGAUGAUGAUGGUGCAGAGAGGGGUGAGAGGCCAGAAGCUAAGAAAAAGGGCUGGUUUUCUUCUGUGUUCCAGAGCAUCACUGGGAAGGCAAAUCUAGAAAGAGUGGAUCUUGAACCAGCACUGAAAGCUCUGAAGGAUCGGCUGAUGACCAAGAACGUGGCCGAGGAGAUAGCUGAGAAGCUUUGUGAAUCAGUGGCGGCAAGUCUUGAAGGCAAGAAGUUGGCUUCAUUCACAAGGAUCUCUUCAACUGUUCAGUCAGCUAUGGAGGAAGCUUUGGUUCGUAUCUUGACUCCGAAACGCUCAAUUGAUAUCUUGAGAGAUGUGCAUGCUUCCAAGGAACAGAGAAAGCCAUACGUGAUUGUGUUUGUGGGCGUUAAUGGGGUCGGGAAAUCGACCAAUCUUGCCAAGGUUGCAUACUGGCUUUUGCAACACAAGGUCAGUGUAAUGAUGGCUGCUUGUGACACAUUCCGUUCAGGAGCGGUUGAACAGCUUCGAACUCACGCACGUAGAUUGCAGAUACCGAUUUUCGAGAAGGGUUACGAAAAGGAUCCGGCAGUAGUUGCUAAAGAAGCCAUCCAGGAGGCUACCCGAAAUGGCUCGGACGUUGUUCUUGUUGACACAGCUGGACGGAUGCAGGACAAUGAACCGUUGAUGAGAGCGCUCUCGAAGCUCAUCAACCUCAACAACCCCGACCUGGUCUUGUUCGUUGGAGAGGCUCUGGUCGGUAACGACGCUGUUGACCAGCUCUCCAAAUUCAACCAGAAACUGUCGGAUCUCUCCACUUCUCCGAACCCGAGAUUGAUAGAUGGAAUCCUACUGACAAAGUUUGACACCAUCGACGACAAGGUUGGAGCGGCGUUGUCGAUGGUUUACGUGUCGGGGGCACCGGUCAUGUUCGUCGGCUGUGGUCAGUCUUACACCGACCUGAAGAAGCUCAAUGUCAAAGCCAUCGUCAAGACACUCCUCAAGUGAGAGAGAGAGAGAGAGAGAGAGAGAGAGAGAGAGAGAGAGAGAGAAGCUCAAUGUCUUUUGCUCCAUCAUAUGCUUCAUCGUUCGUUUUUCGGUGUGUGAAGACAAUUUUCUCUUUGGUUGAGAUGUUGCCCUUAAACGACAUUUUUGGAGUUAAAAAUCCCAUCUUUUUAUGACGUUUUCUUGGUU